AUGGGGUCCAAACAUCUGUUUGUCCUAAUUCAUGGGCUUUGGGGUAACCAUAAUCAUAUGAAAUCGUUGAUGGAAGUCUAUGGCAAACAGUUUGGUAGUCCUGAAAUGGUUUUCUUUAGCCCCAGUGAAAAUGCGCUCUUCAAGACAUUUGAUGGGAUCGAGAUUAUUGGAUAUAGAACUUUGUUAGAGAUCUAUCAAUUCAUCAAAUGUUUCAAAGAUGGGCCCAUCACUAAGAUUAGCGUUUUAGGUUAUUCUAUGGGGGGACUGGUAGCUAGAUUUGUCCUGGGGAAGAUGUUUGGUGAAUAUCAUGAUUUGUUUGAAGGAAUUGAGCCACAGAUUUUCAUUACAAUGGCUACGCCCCAUCUAGGCGUUCAAUUUUACAAUCCGAAACGUUAUUUUUUUAGAGGAUUAAUGCAGUUUGGUAUGAGGUUAAUUGGUUCGAAUAUUAUCGGCAAAAGUGGAAGAGAAUUAUUUGUGGUUAACAAGCAUAAUGACAUUUUAGUAAGACUGGGUGAAGGUGAGUAUUUGGAUGCUUUAAGUAAAUUUAAAUGGCGUGUGGCCUUUGCCAAUGUGAACAACGAUCGAUCUGUGGCUUUCUAUACUGGGUUCAUCUCAGAUUGUGAUCCCUUUAUCAAUACCGGAAAUCAGUUGAAAUACGCGUUUGAAGAAGAAAUACCGGGGAAGAAUUACACGUAUGGUCCACCAAGGAUUAUCGAUUUAGAUCGGUUGGAUCCAAAUUGUCCGCGUCCAGUGACUCGAACUCGUAGGCUAAGAAAAUUUGGAGAUUUUCUGUUAUUUUUUACACUCUUUGGUUUCGUUUUCUUACCGUUAGCGAUUUGUAUCAACAUCACCGGUACUAUCUACAGUCAUUUGGUUAACUAUCGAUAUCGUAAAAUACUGAAUGAUGCUGCAGCACCUUCUAUGGUUAGACAGCGUUUACAGUUUAACAACUCCGUUAGAGAAUUCACAGAGGACGUUUAUAGAACUAUACUAGGUGAUCCGACGGAAUCAGUAGGGGGUUCUAAUAGUGAUGGCGCACUGGAGAGAUCUGAUCUCUUGGAGGACAGCAUAUCGUGGAAGGAAUUCAUCCAAAAGCAUACCGACAUUUGGAAAAAGAAAGAAAUGUUUGCACCUUUACCCUUUGAUGAGAAUAGAAAAGCCAUGUAUGAAAAUUUGAACAGUCUCGAAUGGAUAAGGAUACCUGUUUACAUAAAGAUGCUCAAUUCUCAUGGUGCUAUGGUGGCACGUAGGGGACUCAAUACCAAAAAAUCAGGUAGUAGUGGUAUUGCCUGUGUUGAGUUUUCCGCACGAUUAUUACAGUAUCUAUUGGCACACUCUGACUAG